GCUGUGAAAUACCUGUGAAAGGUAAGAAACAUGGAGUUGUGCUAGCUUCCUGAAACGGGUUUCCGGAUCCUGUACUGGAAUACAUAUUUAGUCAGGUUGAUAGACUUAUAGAUAUUAAAAAUUCUGCUGAUGAGAAACACACCAGAUUGGUACAACCUAUGAGCUCCUCUAAUGGAGAUGAACAAUCAAACAAGCGGUGUAUUGUGAGCUCCCAGAAUGAAGGUGCAUCACAGCUUGUGGUACAAUCCUGUCUGAAAGAUUUACCUGCAGCGGCACUGGAGCAAUCUAUUCCAAGAACAGAGCCAAGCUUGAAUAUACUGGGAAUGAACAGCAGUUCAGCUGAGCAACCAGUGUUUAUUGCUGGAAAGCACAAUUCAUCAAUAAAACUUGUUAUGAAGACUCCUAUAGUAAAUCUCAAAUCAGUGGAGCAGAAUGAAGGUGCAUCACAGCUUGUGGUACCAUCCUGUAUGAAAGGUUUACCUGCAGUGGCACUGGAGCAAUCUAUUUCUGGUGUAAAUACUCAAUCAGCAGAGCCAAGCUUGAACAUACUGGGAAUGAACAGCAGUUCAGCUGAGCAUCCAGUGAUUGCUAGAAAAGACAGUUCAUCAAUAAAGUUUGUUACGAAGACUCCUAAUUUCAAAUCAGCUGAGCAUUCCAUAAGCUUUUCUGGAACAAAUAACAGGUCUGAAGAACAACCUAAGUGUUCCUCUGAAGUGAACAACACAUCGGCAGAGGAUGCUCUGUACUGUCUGGAUCUAAAAAGCAUAAAAGUACCCCAAACUGCAGACACUUUCCCACAAGCGACACAGUGCAGUAAUACAGCUGUGGCACAUUGUACAAACUCUCCCCAAGUCCAUGGCCCGUUAGUGGCAGAAUGUCCAAGUUCUCCUAGUGGACCGAGUACAAGUAGUGCUCUUGCUACUUCUGAAUCAGCACCUGAAAAUGACUCUUACCCAUCAAAUCCUGACACCAGCACAGUUUUAUGUGAUACUGAAAACCGAGAUGGGCCAUUUGCAGACACAGAUACUUCUACAAAGGUUGCAUUAUUCAGUGGAUACACAUGUUUUAAAGAUAAGAUGUUAAAAGGAGAACUGGGAGAAGGAGAUGCCAAAGACUUCUGGACUAAAUGCCAAUCCCACCAAUGCAGACAAUUCUUGCUGGAGAACAUUGAGAAGUCUGUAAAAUCAGUAAGUCAGAAAAUCCUCAGUGGAGAGGCUGAAGAUCAAGAUUAUGAGACAGCAUUGAGAUAUCUGUGGGGAAGCGAAUGCCUUGAAAGCGUUAUUAUACAAGAAAAGCAAGAAAUCCAAUGGAAGCUCCAGUCUCUUGAGGAAACUAAAGAAAGACUGCAAAAAAAUUACAAGGCUUUGACAGACUUACUGGGAAAAGGAAAGUGAUACAGAAGAGACUCAACCCAUUGCCAGGCACAUCCAAACAACUUGGUUUUUUAAUUGAUUUAGCUACCAAUAUGGUGAGCUAAAUAGUACUGUCCCUAGGCCAACAAUUGGAUCAUAAUGGGGACCUAGGGAGACUGUUGCACCAAUGUGCCAAGGAUGACAGGAUUUCGCAAACUGCCGGGGCCGGAUUUAUAUAGCGGGCACCACUAGGUCCGCUGACGUUUGUCGCAACCCUCCCUUUUAUUCACGCAUCAGGACUGGAGCAAUAGGGAUUGGCGCACAGGAAUGGAAAGAAUGCAUCCCUGCAUUCUCAGAGGUAGAACAGAAAAUCUGGUGGAUAUCUUCGAUGGAAAAGCUUACCGCGAUGCUACACUGUAAAACAGAUAAAUAUCAUGCAAUGUGGUCCCCCUGGACAAUUUGGUGUAAAAACCAAACCAAUCUAAUUAAGAGCUAACCAACAAAAAGAUUGACUACAUUUCAAACAGAAGCCUAAUACCCUAAGGAUUUCAUCUCAAAGGGCAACCCCAUUAUAGGAAGUAUAUGAUUUAACUGCACUGUUUUACAGACAGCAGUUACAGAGGCUACCAAUGUACCGUGGGUACUGACCAAUACAAUUACUAGAGACCUAUAAUUACUAGAGGCAAUGAGGAGCAGUAAUUUGUAUAUGCUGAGCUAGACAGAAUAUCUGAGUUGUGUUCAGCAGUACAGUGGGCUCCUCUAUCAGUUACACUACAUGCUUAUCAAGGCCCAAACACUAUACUUUGGAUGAAGAGCAGCAAUGCCCAAUACAUAAAAGCAUGAAACCUUCAUAUUAAGAAAUUAAAGGGAUCCUGUCAUCGGAAAACAUGUUUUUUUCAAAACACAUCAGUUAAU